GGCGCCCCACGUGACCCGCAACUCCCCCCCCCCCGCCGCUGCCUCCACUUAUACAGAGUGGGAAAUCCAAACGGCUCCCUGUCGGCGUUAAGUUGCCGCUUGGAAUCGGGAGCGAGCCGCGUUAUAAGCGGCGCUUUGCGAGCGUCGAGCCACGAUUUAAACCGCGAGGUGCAGUAUCAGCAGCAGCAGCCGCCGCCAGUGGCGGCGGCGAUGGGCCAGCAGUAUGUGAAGCCGGCAUCUUCGGCACGACACGCCACGCUGAGUGGGCACCGCUACGGACGCCGGCACGCGUACGUUGGCUUCCGGCCCGAGCGGGCAGCCCCUGACGCCGAGACGGCGACUCCAGCGUCGCCUCAUCCGCCGCCGACACCGCCCCCUGGCGGGAUCUCCGCGUCUCCCGCCGCCACUGCCACCACUGCGUCGCGUGUGAGACGAGGGUGCGACGGGCCAGAUCUGCGGGGUCACUGCUACGCCGGCGAGCGUCCCAACAGCGACGGAGAUUGCGAGCCCGCCGUGAACAAGCGGGAGCCUCCUCGACGCUCCACUCGCAGCAGAGCCGCAAGGGAUGGAGCUACCGCCGCUGCUGCUGCUUCUGCAGGCUCAGCUGCUGCCGCUACUGGUGGCGCUAUCCCGAAAGUCCGGAAGAAAUGUAGCAAGCGCAGCAGAUCUUCGAACGAAGGCAGCAGCAGCGGUUGUGACGUUUCUGGUUUCAGGUCGAUGAUUGAGGAGGCCGUUGCUGCUGCCGCCGCUACCGCCACAGCUGCUGCUUCGGAGGAACGUCCGGAGAAAGAAGCGGGAAGCGGCGGGGAAGCGGGUCGCAGCUCACAGCAAACAAGACAAGGCGCUGGUGAAGCAAGAAGCGGCCGGGAAGCGAGACGCGGCAGAGAGAAGGGGGGUUUCAGGGAAACCAAAAGCUGUAUGGAAGCAAGAAGCAGCAGCAGGGAUGCAAGGGACGACAGAGUUGGGAGAAGCAGCGGUGGACGAAUUCGAGGCACAAAGACGGAGAGAAACGUCCGAGAGUCGAGAAGCAGCAGCAGAGAGGAAAGAAAUAGCAACGGGGAAGCGAGAUGCAGAAUCGGAAAAGCGAGCAUUGUUGGGGGAAUCGUAAGCGGCAGUAGCAGAGGAGAGAGAAUUGUUGGCGACGGACAAAGCUGCGUGAUGAAGAUAAGUACUAGGGCAGCAAGAAGCAGUAGUAGGGAAACGAGAAGCAGGAGCAGAGAAGUCAACAUGAGCAGGAAAAAGAGAAGCAAUGGAAAACCAAGAGGCAGCAGCAGCAGAAAAGCAAGAGGCGGCGAGGAAGCAAGAAGCAGCAGGGGAGAACGAAGCAGUGGGGAUGAUGAAAGCAGCGGGGAAGCAAGAAGCAGUGGCUGGAAAGCGGGGAGCAGUAGCAGGGAAGCAAGAAGCAGAGGGAAAGCGAGAAGCAGCAGGAAAAAGAGAAACUUUGAAGGAAUCGGAAGCAUUGGAGAAACGAGAAGCAGUCGUGGAGCAGCCAGAAGCGACCAUGGUGAAGCAAGAAGCGGAGGGGAAGCUGGAAGCAACGGGGCUGCCGACAGGGACGAAUCGGCGUCCAUCUUGUUGUCCCUGCUUACUCCAUGGGCUCAGAUGUCGCCCGAGUCGGACAGAGACAGCAGCGGAGUGGAGGAUGGCGACGGGCGCGACUCGGACGACUCGAGCUGGGAGACGUUCUCCCUCUCGGAUCAGCGGGUCCCCUUCAUCAGCGGCAGCAGUAGCAGCAACAACAACAGCAUCUCCUACAUGGACUACGACUAUGAUGACGUCGAUGAUAUCAUCGAUCAGGGCCACGUCAACUUGGAUGACGUGGAUGACGACGACGACGACUAUGAUAACGACUUGGGGCUCUUACUCGCGAUCGACAGUUACCACCGUGCUUUGCAACCCCUGGUCCUGGACAUGUCGAGCGAUGACGGCUCCUUGGAGGAGCUCUUCAACGGCGGCGACGACGACGACGAGUCGGAGGGAGAAACCCCGGCCGUUAGCGACGCCUCCUUGAUCGACGUCGGCGAUCUCGCCCAAGAAGGCUUGAGGAAUCUCUUGCAGCGGCCGCCACCGUGGGUGCUGCGUGAAGAGGAGCUGCGCUUCAGCGGCGACGACGGUGACGACGAAGGCGAUGGCGGCGAUGGUGGCGAUGGUGGCGGCGCCGACCGUGGUGAUGAUGAUGAUGAUGCUGAUGACGGUCACGGUGACGACGACGACGAUGAUGAUGGCGAUGAUGCCUCGGAGGGGGAGGCAUAUUUCUUCAAUUCCGCAGACACGGCAAUGGCCAGCAACGAGUUUGUGUCCGACUUCAGUCUGACAGCCGAGGCCUUCAACCCAGAACAUUAUCCUCUCUUUGCUUGGGAAGAUCGGCUGUCUGCCGUUUUCGAGAGUGCCGUUGCUAACCUGCAGGCCCUCAUCGCCGACGUCAACGGGAUUCAAUUCCAGCCUGCCCCGGCCUCCAGCGAGCUCAUAUCGAGUCUGCCUGUCUUCUUCAUCAAUGACAAUGUAUUGGAGCAGAUCUGCACCAUUUGCUGCAGCGAGUUCGUGCGCACAGAUCAAGCCACCACCUUGCCCUGCCGCCAUCUCUUCCACACGUCCUGCAUCGAGCAGUGGCUCAAGAAGUCUGCCACGUGCCCCGUGUGCCGUUAUCACCUGGUGGAGGAGGCUGCCGGGUCAACGCCGUCCCCUGCGCCACAGUACAGAGGAUCGGGUCAAAGGUUGUGACCUCCCACGGACCCCGUACCCCAUCUCCGUUCUCUCUGUCCAAAAACUGCCGUUCACAUCACCGCUCGCUCGCUCGCUCGCUCGCUCGCUCACCCACUCGCUCAUUCUAUCAACUGAAAUACAGUAGAAACUAAACAAAACUAUUUUAUCCGAUAAGGCCUUCUGAGCUAUGUAGCUCUUUUUCAGAAACGACCUGGCCACAAAUGAUACCUCAACGAAGUGGCUUAUCACGUGGGAAAGUUAUAGCAGCCAAAUACUCCAAACGCGCGACGUUGAUUCUCCUCGCACACUCUUAACCUAACCCUUUCCCAUUUCCGAACGGAACCAGAAGAAAAAACAAAAUAGAAUACCUUUAUCGGUACAGAUGCUCCCACAAGGCCGUGCGGGGACGGAGUGAGGCGGCACAGUGUUGCCGCCAGCUAUCGUAGAGUGCGGCGGUUGUGUCGCUGCAGUUCUCUGCGGUGAAUAACAGCGUCUUGAAAAACAAAACCCGACGCCAUGCCUCUCCAUAAAAUUAGCGCUGAACCGCUUGCGCAUUUCCAAGAUUCGGCGGUGAACCGGGGACACCCCACCCUGCAACUUGCAGUCACCUCGGACACGGGGAAGGGGUUAACUGACACGUUCACCCACAGCACUCGCCCGUCCCUUCGCUCACCUUCUCACUCUCACAUGCCCUACACUCGCAUGCACUCGCUCAAACCCUCGCGCACAACGCAUGCUCUCUCUCACACACACACACACACGCACGCGUUGAAGCGCUCGCUUGAGUGCUCGCGCACACAUUGCCACGCCGACUGGCGCGUAACUGACUUGCGUAAAACAUCCACUCGCUCAUCGCCCCCAAGCGGGUCAAACGGCUGGGGAUUAAUAAAACGAGCACAUCUGGUGUGCGGAGCUUGCGUUUAUCAAUCGAACUUUAUUUAAUGCAUCGCGCCCCCUUAACGAUAAAAGCCACCACAGAACGCUUCACGUGUAAAUGUAACAUUGCAAUAUAAUAAUUAAAGGUACGCAAACUUGUAAACAUUUAUUCACGAUUACAAAUGUAUGAAAGGGAUUAUAAAAUACAUAUUUAGUCAAUUUUGUAUUGAGUUAAUUUGUUUGUUCCCUGUAUCAGAUGUUGUUCAUGAUGCAUUCGAUCAGCACCCUGCCCCUUGAACAGCCUACACACUGCACUAUGAACACCCUACACGCUGCACCAUGAACACCCUACAUGCUGCCCCUUGAACACCCUACACGCUGCACCUUGAGCACCCUACACGCUGCCCCUUGAACACCCUAGACGCUG